GCCCCGCCCCGCCCCGCCCCGCCGCGCCGCGCCGCUCCGUGUGGUGAGGCAGCCAUGGCGCCCAGGGGCGGCCCCGGCGGGCGGCAGCAGUCGGAGGAGGACCUGCUGCUGCAGGACUUCAGCCGCAACCUCUCGGCCAAGUCCUCCGCGCUCUUCUUCGGCAACGCCUUCAUCGUCUCCGCCAUCCCCAUCUGGCUUUACUGGAGGAUAUGGCACAUGGAUCUCGUCCAGUCCGCCGUGCUGUACAGCGUGAUGACCCUCAUCAGCACCUACCUCGUGGCCUUCGCCUACAAGAACGUCAAGUUUGUGCUCAAGCACAAGGUGGCACAGAAAAGAGAAGACGCUGUUUCCAAAGAAGUCACUCGUAAGCUUUCUGAGGCAGACAACAGGAAGAUGUCCCGUAAGGAGAAGGAUGAAAGAAUUCUGUGGAAGAAAAAUGAAGUUGCAGAUUACGAAGCAACAACCUUUUCCAUCUUCUACAACAACACCCUCUUCCUGGUCUUGGUCAUCAUCGCUUCGUUUUUUGUGCUGAAGAACUUCAACCCCACCGUAAACUAUAUCCUUUCUAUAAGUGCUUCAUCUGGACUGAUCGCCCUGCUAUCUACAGGAUCCAAGUAGACACAAAAAAACCCCACAGUUCAUUCUUGUGGCAGCGUUCAACUUCCACACAAAAGCUUCAGGGAGGAAUAGGAAUACAUGUUUUUAUUAUGUGACUGCCUGAGGGUCUGGGGGGAGGGUUUCAACAGAAAAUUAGUGAAUUAUACAUUUGGUAUCUUUGCGUGGUGUUAUUCAAUAAAUGAAUCAAAUUUUUUUACUUAGCAUUGAAAGGAGAUGGCGUGUGAGCCGUUAUCAGACAGCCUUCCUGAAGCACUUCACGGGUGUGAUGAUUCUGCAGACCAGUAAACAACACAAGCAGACCAUAAGGGUGCUGCACAGCAGUAGAACAGCUGUAGUCGAACCCUGUAACAGAACUUGCCUGUAAAUUCGGUGGCUAUUGUAAGAGCCAAACUCCAUGGUCGUGAAAAGUGACAAUCCAUCAUUAUUGUAACUUGCAAAGUUUUAAUAAAAAGGAGGCUUUUUGUCAUUUAA